AUGGCAUCGCGCAAUGGAUCAGCUGCGCCCAUCCCGCGAAAGAUUGUGACGUAUGGCAAACCCUCGCGCAGGCGCUUUAUGCGCGACGCGAUGCCCCUCCGAACCGCCGAAUCGUUCUCUACGUCAACUGCAACAGAAUCUGCUACAAAGCCGUUGAAACCAUCUUUACCGAGAUCAGUAUCAGAUCCAUCAACCCAAUCACUUGCCGACACUCGAUCCGAUGAACCGAAACGUACAAGACCUGGAGAAGAGUGUAAAGGAAAGACACGCGAUGCGACGGACACGAGAAAACGGAAACGCCCACAAGCUGCGCUUUCCGAAACAAUCGACGAGGAAUCAUCUAUCAUUCAGAAACAAAUGAAUCCCACGACUACGCUGCCGCGACGGCCGUUAGGAGGAACCUCGGAGAAGGAUGGGAAAGCUGCCGCACCCACCCGCCGCUCGCCGAUCACAAAAAAGAGCCCAAAAGACAAGAUUGCACGAUCUCGCCCUCUGUCACGAAGCAAAUCUGACGUUUCAACGAUUGAGGUCAGCUCAAAAAUUGCGCCGCCUGCAUUCAAGGAUCGCGACGAUGAACCGCCCAGACCAAAGAAGCGGCGUCCACGAUUGAUCGAUGCUUUGGCGGCUCAACGAGCAGACACCGAGUCGGAAGAUUCGGAUCAGGAAAUAGAGGAAGCCAGACCUCUCUCACGUUCGAACAGCGGUACAGGCACCGAAGUCGAAACACCUUCCCAACAAUCGCAAUCACAGUCGCAGUCGCAAUCGCAGUCGCAAAACUCUCAAAACCAUUCACAAGAUUCCGCCACGUGGCAGAGAAAUCGUCCCGCAGUAGCACUCAAAGGGCGACGAGUCAAGUAUACAUACGGCCAGUCACGGUCGAUUCUGAGCGAGUCGUCUUCAAAACUCAGCGAGCCCAGCCAGGGGAUUGGGAUGACCACUACAGAAGAGGAGCUCGAUGCGCUCUUGGCCACACCCCCAGAGCCAAUCAACCCUGAUCCUUUCGCCAUGGACGACGACGAAAUGGAUGAUGACAUUAUUCGACCUGCCAUUAAGAGCGUGCAUGAGCUACGGCGAGCUGGGGCCAACAACCGCUUCGCCGAUGAAAUGGAGGACCUGCUUGCUCGGAUAGGAACCCCUAGCAGCACUCCAUCUUCCCUAAGGAGGACCGCGUUGUUGGAGCUUUCCCAGAAGCUGCAGCGCAAAGAAUUCAUCAGCCAAUUUCGGGACCACGCAACGCGCGAUAAAGUCGCCGCCAAUAUCGGACAAGAAAAGGAUGUGAUAAGCGGGUUCGCUCUGUCUGCCGUUCUCGUCACAUUUCUCAACUUCAGCCCUGCAGCCCACUUACUACAGCAGCUCGUCAGUGAUGGGCUUGGGGAGCUUCUCAGUGUACUUCUGCGGGUGCCCGAAGAUAUUGACGAGAUUGCUGCCGGCAAGAUGAGGCUUUCCAAGACAACUAGAAACUCACUCCACGAGGUGAAAGAGAACCUUACAAAGUUAAACAUUUGGUAUGGGCGGCGCCCUGACAAACUCUCACCACAAACGCUUGCGCUGCAAUUAUUGAACAUUGUAUGUCAACAAAUCGAUGCGAUGCAUUCAUCAGUGGUUGUCAAAGACAUCGAAAACGAUCUUGAUAUUAUCAUUGGAAACUGUGCGAGCGCAAAUCCAAGAACCGACGCGACUUUGGCUCUUGUGGUAUCGGUUUUGGCAUCACAGUCGGGACUGACAAUGAAUGAUGAAAAUGAGAUCUCCUGGGUUGCGCAGCAGACGCACAGUGUGGCGCGCAUUCUGGGAAACAGUUUACAGCAAUGGCCAGAGAAGCCUGGUGAUGUCGAGACGGCAACCCUCAAAUUGUCAAUCAACAUGUCCAACACAACACAUGGGGCAGCAGCCUUUAGCGACAAGGUUCUGUUAUCGAGUGUUUCUAAAGCUAUCCUCUCAGGAUUUACUUCAGCCAUGGACACCAUGAGCAACCAACGUCUAAAGGAAGAAACAUAUGAUGGACUUUUGCUUGUACUUGGUGUGGGCAUCAACGUACUAGAACGCUGUGCACCUGCACGAGAGAAUAUAGCCAGCGAGGAACUGGAUGGCCUGGUGGCAGUAUAUCUGCAGAACCAGGUCCUGGUGCAAAAGGCUGCUUCAGAAGAAAACUUGAAGCCAAGUGUAGCAAAGCUCGGCGUGGCAUUUGGAUAUCUUUCCAUCUUACUGGGCUACCUGUCUCUGGUAGACGCAGCCCGGCAACGAUUUGCAGAGCAGGCAGGAAGCCAAGGGCUUACGAGCCUUAUUGGGUCGAUAAAAGAGUUUAUCGAUGUGUACAGAGAGGUGGAUAACAGGGUGACUGAACUCGAAGGACUUGUCAAUGACUUACAGCAACGACGGCAACGACAUUAA